GCCAGAGCUGCAAAUGCUGAAUUAACAGUGUCUAUAUUUCUUUGUUCAGUAUGUGGCAGAACAUUCUGUGCUAACAUCAGUCUUAUUAGCCACCUACGGACACAUCAUUGAUGGCCCAUAACCCAUAAGAUGUCAAGAUCUUCCUCGAAAUCGAUGGACGAACAACUGCCUACCGUAGGAUUCAUAAGUUUCUCCCUCAAAAGCAUCAAAGAGAUGGAAACCUUCUGUUCAUGCAGCUUUUCCUCAUAAACAACAGCUACAGUUUCCUGCUCCAGGGCGUUUAUCUAGUCUAAUUCGUUGCCCUUGUUAGAAAAUAAGUCCAAACAGAGCUAAAACAUAGGCUGAGGAUUAAUAAUGGACGUUAACACCUGAAUGCCCAAUGAAAUUAUCAUAAAGAAAUCCAUCUGAAAGCAACCUUUACUUGGUUUAUCGCAGGUUUCAUAAACGUUGUUCCGAAAAGAAAAUAUUGACAAGGUGCGGACAUAUAGCUGCACGCCAGGUUAACUUGAUCAGAUCAUCAUGGUUAGUCAUUACUAUUUCAGAAAAGCAUGCCUGCCGACUAGGACACCACCAGGAAAUCAGAGGCGGUGGGAGGCAUUUUCUCUUUCCCAUCUUUGCUCGUCCAAAGAAAGCAGGAGCGGAGCUCCCUCUGGGCACCGGGAGGCGAACGACAAGCCUCCCCUUCUUCCUGUUCGUCUCCUCCCGACUCCGGCUCUUGCACUAACGAUCACCUCCGAGAGCUGCUUUGCAGGGCCUGAGAGCGAGAGAAGGAGGGAAAAACAGCCCGGCGCAGCGUGGCGCACCCGCUUUCCUGUCUUCCAAAGCGCCUGCGCCUUCAGCCCCUUCGCGUGCCGCUCGGGAAACUCCUGCGGGUUGCGGUGACAUUGUCGGAAGGAGGGGAAAGGGAGGAGACUUGGGAGGGAGGAGGCGGCGCCGAGGGGAAGAGCGCGCGCCUUGCCUUGCGCCCCGGGCUCGAGCGGCAGCUGCAGCUGCGGGGCAGGCAACUUAUCCUCGCGGCGGCAGCGGCUGCUCUGGCGUUUGGGGACAGGAUCGGAGCUGGUCGCUCGGCAGAGUCCCGCCAUUUGCCGCCGCUUCUCUGGCCACUUUUUCUGUCCCGUGCUUGGCGGGAGUCUGCUGGAAGGAAGCUGCGGACUAUAAAUAGCUCUGGCUACGGACGCUGUGUGCAACGGACUGGGGAAGGCGCGGCUAACCGUGACGUCUCGGCUGGAAGGGAGGAACCACCAGGUAAAAAAGUCAAAUAAAAGCCGGGAGUUUCCUUUGGCCCUUCCUCGGAGGACGUCGAGGUGCGACUUUGAAUGAAGAGGCGGCAAGCUGUUGCCGGGAUCGUCUAAGCCUAGGCGAAAAGCUUUCCACCUUUGCCCGCCGUCGCUUCUGGAUCCCCUUUCAAGUUUCUUCCUGUUGCAGUUUCGCUGGAAGAGCCAGAAGAGAAAUGGUGUCAUCUGAAAGGAUAUCUGAUCUUUCUAAUGAAAAAAUUUCAGCCUGAAGACCCAGAUCUUUAUCUUAAAGCUUCACCAAGGACUGACUAUCUGUGGAUCUUGGGCUGUGGCACCCAAGCAAAUUCUGAAGAACUGUGUAUUAAAAUUUGUUGGGUUGAGAGAUUUAUCAUGGAUAUCAAGGAAGAGAGAGCAUCAGAGGAAGAACAGCAAUUUAUUCCAUCUGCACAAGGAGAUAGUUAUGCAGAAUCUAAACUCACAAGUCUCAAGAAGUUUAUUAAUGAACCAAAGUUUGAAUUCAGUCUUGCAUGUAAAGAUUUAGUGGCUCCUACACGAGAUCGAAAACUGAAUACAUUUGUGCAGAUCAUUAUAGUGCAUCCAGGGGAACAAAACCAAACAAGAUAUGCAAGCACGGAAAUUGUGGAGGGAACAAAAGACCCACUGUUUUUGACUGGUGUGACGUUCCCCCCAGAUUACCCUAUCUACGAGGAGACUAAAAUAAAGCUAACUGUCUAUGAUGUCAAGGAUAAAUCUCAAGACACAGUUCGGAGCAGCAUUCUGGCAGAAAACAAAGAUCCAAGGACAGAUAGUGGGCGAAGUUUCCUGGGUUCUGCUACUUUUAAAGUAGGCGAAUUGGUGAAGUCAGAAGGGCAGCAGUUGACUCUUAGCCUCAGGAGUUUAGAUGGUGGGAAGACAUUUGGCACAAUAAAUGUCAGAUUUAUAAAUAUGGGGAAGACUGAAGAUGGGGAAUCAGAUCAGAUCACAACAGAUGGGAAAGAGCAAAAGGUAAAAACAAAGUGUGCCUUGGUUUAUUCAUGUUCAUCUCCAGAAAACAUAAUUAAUAGAGAUAAUUUACCAUUAUUAAAUGCAGUGUUAAAAAACCCAAUCUGUAAAUUAUAUACAUUCCCCACUUCUGACAACAAGUGGAUGUAUAUACGAGAACAGAUGUUUGAGAGCAAUCUUUCUUUUCAUGUUCCCAAGGAACUUAUCAGCCUUCACAUAAAGGAAGAUCUGAGAAGGAAUCAGGACCUUAAAGAACUUGGGGAGCUUUCUCCACAUUGGGACAAUAUGCGUAAAAAUGUUAUUGCACACUGUGAUCAAAUGUUGAUCCUGUACCAAAAUAUGCUUGCAGAACUUGGAAAACAUACAGGCUCUUCUUUCAAAUCAAGUUGCAGUAAAGGAGAAAAAACACUAGAAUUUGUUCCAAUAAAUCUACAUCUGCAGAGAAUGCUUGUGCAGGGUCCUUGUAUAAAAGAUGUUCUUUAUGAUGUCAUCACUGUGGGAGCUCCUGCAGCACAUUUUCAGGGAUUUAAAAAUGGUGGUCUUCAGAAAUUAUUGAAUAAAUUUGAGGCAGAAAGACGAAAUACUGGGUACCAAUGUAUUUAUUAUUCACCUGAAAACACUGCCAAGGCAAGAGAAGUUCUCAGUAACAUCAAUCAAUUACAGCCUCUCAUUUCAACUCAUGCAGACAUGCUACUUAAUUCAGCCAGACAACAGUUGCCAGAAAGCUUGAAGAAUUCCUUAAAGAUGCUUUCAGAAACUACAGAGUUAUUUGUGCAUGCCUUUAAGGAUCAGCUUAUCAGAAGUGCCCUUUUAGCUUUAUACACAGCCCGUCCUGGUUGUGUCUUAAAAAAACCAACUUUGCCAAGGAAUAGCGCUGAAGAGAAUAGUGAACAGGAAAAUCAGGAUCAUCCAUCACAAAUCAAGAGACAGGAUUCCAUACCUCACCACUCAGAAUAUGAUGAGGAAGAGUGGGAUAGGGUGUGGGCCAAUGUAGGGAAGAGUUUAAACUGCAUUAUUGCAAUGGUGGACAGAUUGCUUGAAAAGAAGAACACUCCCAGCAUCAGUAAGGAAAAUGAGAAAGAACCUUCAUCAACAUCUCACAUAAGUGAUGACUGGUAUGAACAACUGUAUCCUCUAAUAGUUACACUGAACGACUGUAUUGGAGAAGUGGUGACAAGGGCAAAGCAAUCAAUGUCUUUUGUUCUGCUUCAGGAGCUUGCAUGUUGUUUGCCACAAUGUUUAAUGUUGACACUAAGAAGAGAUAUAGUCUUCAGUCAAGCACUUGCUGGAUUGGUCUGUGGAUUUAUCAUCAAGUUACACUCUGGUUUAUGUGAUCAAGGCUUCCUCCAGCAACUUCAUACAGUGGGCCUAAUUGUUCAGUAUGAAGGACUUCUCAGUACAUAUAGUGAUGAAAUUGGGAUGCUAGAAGAUAUGGCUGUGGGAAUAUCAGACUUGCAAAAAGUCGUGUUUAAAAUAACUGAAACUAAAUCAGAUGACCUAUUGCCUGUUAUAACUGGAAGACGGGACCAUUAUGUAAUAGAAAUAAAGCUUCCAGAAAAGAUGUUUGAAUUGCUUCCUCAAGAGAUUAAAGAUGGGAAACUGCUCUAUGUCUACCCAGUCCUCUUUAAUGUUGGAAUCAAUGAACAACAAACCCUUGCAGAAAGGUUUGGAGAUACCUCCUUGCAAGAAAGCCUUAACCAGGAAAAUAUGGAAUUGCUAAAAGAAUAUUAUAAGUUAUUAAUGGAAAAAAUGCCUCCUGAUUGCCUACCACUUUUUCAAGAACAGAAUGAUUUAAAAGGAUUACUAGAAAAUCUUCAUCAAAAUAUUCAGACUAAAAAAAGAAAGAAUGUCGAAAUCAUGUGGUUGGCUGCAACGAUUUGCCGCAAGUUAAAUGGUGUACGGUUCACCUGCUGUAAAAGUGCCAAAGAUAGGACAUCAAUGUCAGUGACACUGGAACAAUGUUCAAUUUUAAGAGAUGAGCAUCAAUUGCACAAAGAUUUCUUUAUUCGAGCAUUGGACUGUAUGAGGAGACAAGGAUGCCGCAUAGAAAAUGUCCUGAAGAAUAUCAAAUGCAGAAAGUAUGCUUUCAACAUGAUUCAGCUGAUGGCUUUCCCCAAAUACUACCGACCACCAGAGGGAACAUAUGGAAAAGCUGACACCUAAUCUCUUAGACAAAAAUACACUUUCAAAAGUUUGUAAGAUUACACAACUCCAUUCAUUAGUUAACACGCAUUGCUUUGUGUGUUUUAUAGAUUGGAAGUAUGCCUUUAAGCAAACAUACCUAGGACUUGUUUUAUCAAACUGUACCAUCAGUCAAAAGAAACUUCAGUAUAUAUGGUAAAGGAACAUCCAGGCAUUGAGCUGUCUGUUUAAUAAAUACAAAAUUUUCAUAAAAUGCAAUGUAUAUCAUAGGUUCACUAGAGUUAAAGGUUGAUCCUCAGUCCAAUAGAAAGGUAAAUCAUAAGUCUGGACUUAAAAUCUAGCUCUUGAUAUUGCUUGCUGGAAGUAAGAGCAAAGUCAAGUUGCUACUUCGCUUUAUAUAUAAAAUUCAUAAUAGAAUUUAAAGAAAAACAAUCUUUUAUUACUUUACCUUAUUAAAUAUGUGAAGAUAUUGUCACAUUUUCUGGGUUAUUUUUGCAGUUCCAUCUAUAUUUACUUCCAGCUUCUUCUUUUAAGUUCAUAUGUUCUACCAAAAGUGGAAGCUUUCAUUUAUGUUGGUGGCAUGUUGUCAUCCCCUGGAAGCAGAACUUGUGUUUAAGUAAAAGAGCAUUAAGGACAUAACAAGGGUGACCACUAGAAACUAUUGUUUGAAAAUACUGAAAGCAUAAAGAGAAAUACUGUAAAGAGCCUUUAUUGGUAGCUUAAAAGAAUGUUUACAUCUGAAUAAAAGUUAAAGGAUUUCAGUAAUUUUGAAACUGUUAGAAUUAAAUACUGAUCAGAAUGAAGGAUUAAUUUGUUGAUUUUUUGAUUAGUCUAUUGUCAUUCAUGCAAGAUUAAUUUUUAUUUUUACAUGUUAAAAGGUAAUAUUUAUUUAGAAAUUAAUUUGUGAAUGUUAAUACAGAAUUGGAAAAAGUGCCUUUUGUGUAAAAUACAAGGUUAGUGUAAGUUUUACAUUAGACUCAUAGCUGCUGCAAAUGAAAUCAUUUAUACAAAUGGUGCUCUUUAAGAAAUUUAGAAUGAUUUCAUGUUCAUUAUGAAACAGUGACAUCUGGCAAUAGAAAAUUUGGCAAGGAAAUUGAAGUAUAUCCAGUUCAUUUAGAAUGACUUUGUCCAGCCAAAAAUUCUAUUAUGUACAAGCAGCUAAAUGAUACUUCUUGGGAUUGUCCAACUGUUGUACAAAAUGAAAAUUACUAAUUUUUGUAGGAAUAAUAACCCAAAAUUCAAUCAAAAGUUGUGAAGUAUCAAAUUCCAGGCUGAUUUCCUUCUUUUUUAUCUCUUUUUUAACCACAGAGAUAAAAUCUCUAUGUAUAGUAUGUCAGAACCCUAUUUUUAAGCUAUAUUUAAAAAUGCUUUAGGAGCCUGUGAAUCCCUACCUUUGCAGGAAGCUUGCAUGAUGCUUUAGGAAUCAAAAUUGUUUUGAGAUAUAAGAAAUUGGCUCCUCAUUCUUUAUAGUGCCAAAAGUAUAGUAUUAAAAUGCCAUCAGGCACCUCAUUCUGGAUAAUACUGAGAGAACAGUGAAGUAAGUUUCCUAUUCUUUGCUUGCUUUAAAUGGGAAUAAAUAAUUGAGGGCAUAGUCAGUUUUUUUAUUAAGGCAGUACAUUCCUGAAACACAGAUCCUGCAGCAAAAGCAUGUAUACAGAUGACACUUGAAUACGAGGUAUCAGUAAACAUUUGCAUAUAAUGUAAUGAUUUUGGAAGAACUCAUAAAUGAAAAAAUUGGCAUUAUCUAUCCCAUCAGAAUUGUAGUAAUAUAGCAAUACAUAUAAUAAUAACAAAAUGCAUUUCUUGCUCAAAUAAACAAUUUGGGGAUAUGUUUCUUUCAUAAAAAUGUGAACAGUGUCAUCUUCCAAGUACUGUAAUCUUUCUAUACACGUAGGCUGAAGGGAGCAAAGGCUAUUCAGGAUUGCCACUGUUUAAUACCUCUGCUGGGCAGGUCCUGAAGAACUAACCACUGGGAUGUGGCUUUUCCCACUUCAGAUUUAUAGCACUGAAACAAUGCACUAAAUACUCCAACAGUUUUUCUUAAGAUCUUUAUAUACAACUCAUUUUCAAGCAAUUGCUACUAUAAGUGAUGUUUCAAGUCUCUUACUUAAGAAAGUAUCUUAUUUAAAGAAAGAUGACAACUUAACUUGUAGAAAGAUAAAAUAUUUUAAGAAUUUAUUCUCUAGUCCCAGGUUUUAUGGCAGAUGAGAAAAAAUUCUAUCAUAGGUGGGAUUAGCUGAUAUACAAAACUAUCAGUAUAAUGCAGUUUAAAUUAUAGUCCCAUGAAAAAUGUUAACUGAAUUAGUACAUAUAAUUGGCAUAUUUUAUAUACAUAUUUUAUAUAUGUAAUGUAUAUACAUACACAUGUAGCAUUUAUCCAAAUACUCAGAGAUUAAUACAAAACAGAUAUAAAAAGUUAAUAUGGUGACCAUAUCUAAAACUUUCCCCUUUGUAUGUGUACGCACAAGAGAGAUAGGGCAUCAGUUGUAUGAUAGCAGCUGCUGUCUUGAUCUUUUUCUUUUCACCCACUUCUGCAAACAUCCCUGACAAUAAUCUCUAUUUUUAAUACAUUUUAAAUGGUAGUACAACACACCAGUCUAGGCUCAUUGUUUUAGAGCAUUACACUGUUUAGAAGAAUCCUUUUUCCUCUCUUUACUUUGUGGCAUUUUCUUUCUUAUUUUUGGAGCCAUAUGAGGUGCCAGUCAUUUUCUGAUGCCAAAUCCCCCCCCCCAAAAAAAACCAUAUUAGGUCUUUUUUGGGAGCAAUCAUUGACCAUGUAAAAUUUUUAAAAGAGAAUUAAUUAUAACCAUUGAAAAAUAAAAUAUAAGCUGCGAUGUAUGAUUCAGUGUCAUAGGAAAAGGAUUAUUUAUAACUGUAAUCCCACCUAAAUUCCAAGUCUCCACAGGUACAAUUAUAUUUGUAUGUACUGCAUCAAAACUGUUUUUGAAAGUGGAUUUUCAAAAGCAGUUUGUGUUAUCAGAUAGCAAGAGAAGUAUGUGAGAAAUAGAGAAAUGUUUUCUCAGAGCAAAAGUUUAAACAAAAUUUAUUAGCACAUUAAUAACCUUCAAGCAUGGUCAGAAACUUUAUUUGACUAUGGUUUAGUAUAUAGUUUCAAAAUUAUUACUAUUGCAUAUGUGCUGUUCACGUGAAGAAAUGUGAAGCAGCAAUGAUUAAUUUUGCCGUUAAAACAUUCAUCAUUUUUAUUAAGUAUGUGGAAAUGUUUAAAUUGUGGAACAACCUGGAAAUAUUUUUGGAAGCCUGCUUGGUUUUUAUUAAAAUGGGCCAUAGUUUAUAAAUAUUUUGCUUUUAUGCAUGUCAUCUGGUUUUUUUUAAAUCAUUUUGCCUAUUAUUUUAGAAACUGUAAGAAUUCAUGUGUGUAAGCCAUAUCCAUUGUACAUUACGUGUGCAUGUAUUUUUAUUUAAAUAAAACUCAUAUUUUCAUAU